AGAAAUCUUUGGAUCUUACAGGGUAAGAGCUUGCUAUUCAUAGAGUUCCCCCUUCAGAUCCAGUGAUGUAAAGCUAGCUCCUGCUAUGUGGAAAAAUUGCUCCAGCACAUGCAAAAAAUUAAAAUUCAAGAAACUUGGAUUUAUUUGAAGUAACACCAACAUAGAACUGGGAUGAUUCCAUUAACAGCACUGCAGCCAUGCUCUGUUUCUAAAAGGAUAUCUAAAGUAUCAUGAGGAAUUUACACACAUACUGACAGGGCUUGCAAUAAGAUGACCCAAGCCAAGAAGAUCUAAGUGUAAGUAAACAAGUAAAUUAGGACUCACACCUUGUACUGAACAGGGAGAAAAAAGGCAAAGGAGAAGGUAUAAUGUAAAGACCAACAUAUGGAUGCAAAUUACAUUGAACACAUUUCAGCUGAGUGAAGAUGUGGAGCGAGUAUCUGAAAACCCAACAGAUGAGAGAGAAGGAGAGAUGGAAGUUCAUGAAGAUGCCAGCUCUGUUAUUUUACCAGAUAGUGAACUGGGUACUACUGCCCCUUCUUUGCGUUUCAGCAAGACCUGCCUAAAGAAUGUUUUUUCAGUAAUUCUCCUGUUUAUUUAUCUGCUGCUCAUGGCUGUAGCUGUGUUCCUUGUCUACCAAACCAUCAGUGACUUCAGAGAGAAGCUCAAGCAUCCAGUGAUGUCUGUCUCUUACAAGGAAGUGUCCUUGUAUGAUGCACCUGGUAUUGCCUUUUACCCAGGCAAGGCUAAGCUGCUGAGCUGCAAGCAUCAUUACUAUGAUCACAUUCCGCCUCUGGUAAAUCCAGGUCAGCCAGGAGACAUUGAGUGCACCACUCAGAGAAUCAACUACACAGAUCCUUUUACUAAUCAAACCAUGAAGUAUGCUUUGGUUGUUCAAGGCCCUCGUGAUGUGAAGAAAAAGGAACUGGUGUUUUUGCAGUUUUAUUUAAAUGGAACAGACCAAGAUUUUAGCGCCAUUGACUACCUUCUGUUUUCUUCUUUCCAAGAGUUCAUCAACAGUCCAGAAAAAGCAGAAUUCAUGAAGGACUGUGAAAGUUCAUACUCCGGCUGGAAGUUUUCCGGAGGCUUUCGAACUUGGGUCAAGAUGUCCUUGGUGAAAACAAAAAAAAAAAAAAAAAAAAAAAAAAAAGAACUAAACCAAGAAACUAGUGUGGUUAACUAUAUUGACCAGAGAACUAAACCAAGAAGUGACCAGCUGUUUUUUGUGGUAUUUGAAUGGAAAGAUCCUUUCAUACAGACUGUUCAAGAUAUUAUCACAGCAAAUCCGUGGAACAUGAUUGCUCUUCUUUGUGGUAUCUUUUUGGCUCUAUUUAAGGCAGCAGACUUUGCCAAGUUAAGUGUUAAAUGGAUGAUCAAAAUACGAAAGAGACAUCUGAAGAGGAGUCGUCAAGUAAUGAACCACAUAAACUGAGACUAAGGCUGCCUUUUAACUACUCAUAGCAAAAGGGAUAGAAAAUAACUGGAAUAAACUUCAAUCACCAAUUAAAGAUGCAAAUCAGGUAUGUUUUCUUCCAGAAAAAUGACAGCUGGAGGAACAGCCUAGUGAACUGGCCUUGGAACCUCAGAAAGGCACUAACUCUAGGACAGGUCUAACAAACUCGGGCUUUUCUGUUCCAAAUUUAACAAGUUUACCUCAAUAUACGGGGGGGACCAGGGGAAAGGGAGGGAAUUCACUAAUGUUCAAGAAGUCACAGUAGUGGUUAAAUUCUAAGAAGAGGGACAGUGUUUGAAUCCUUCUCAGGCCAGGAGACCAUGCAACUUCUGCAUGAGCUGCAUCUGCUGCUGUAACACAGUUACGUCUGUGACUGUGUUUAGUGGAAGGUAAAGCACUCAGCACAGAACAGGCUGGCCUCCCCUCUCCAAAGUAUGUAUGUCUUAAAACAAAAUACACUGGAAUUCUAUUAUGUGUCAUUUUUGAACUAAAGUAUAGUGACUUUAAUAUUAAAAAACCCUUCAAAGAAGAUACUGUGUACAUGCUUUGAAACUACCUGGUCUCAGAUUCAGAUGGAGCUUUACAAGAGGUAGUCUGGGCAGGAGUAUUACUGCAAGAGAAGAAGGUGAAAACUGAAAAUCUUCCUGAUUAGUCCAAUUCAAAGUAAACUCAGGCGACUCACUACCUGGCUAUUGUCUGAGCUGAUGACAGAGUUCAAAGUCUGUCUCAGGCUGUUGCUCUUCCCCCCCCAUCUUUGCUAAGGAAGUGAAAAAGAGUCUUUCGUCAGCCUGACAUUUAAAUGGGAUUCUGCUCUAUAGAGAACAUGCACUAAUGGUGCUGGUGGGGUGGCAUCGCUGCCUUCCUUCUAAGUCCCUUGUUAGUCUGAAUGCACAGGGCAGCAGCACACUGCUCUGAGUGCUCUGAAGGCUUGGUGCAAGGAAAGGAGCAUGCCAAGUCAUGUUUUGCUUCUUCCAUCCUCUACUUAGAGUAUUAACAUAGACAUAAGCACAUCAAAAGUACCCCCUCUCUCUUUUGCCUUCUAAGGAAGCAUGUUGGAACAAAAUUCAAUACUUUCAGCUGAUUUCCAGAGCAAAUCAAGGCACUGCAUCGAUCAAACCCAGCCUUAAGCAAGGGAACAACAAACUCACUGCAGUAAGAAAAACAAACUAGCAGCCCUGGCCGCAGGCACAGAGGCAGCGUACAGGUUCUCCUGCGUCCAGGCCAGCAAGGGCAGGUGGAAGUUACAGCUUGCCAGCUACUUGCAGUUACUGCUCUUGCCCCCUCCUCCCCAGGUCCUGGGGUGGUCCUUCAAACGGCUCUUCAUUUCAGUGGUGGAGUCUGGGCUAACCUGAUCACAUCCUUCGGGGGGGGGG